ACGGGUGUAGUGGAGGGAGGGCGGGGAGUCCAGUGCGCGAGAGACUCUAGUGCAGUGCGGGCGUGUGUGCGUGUGUCUGUGUGUCUGUGCGCCAUGACACCUUGCUGGCUACUCGUCCUACUGUGCUCUCCCCUCUGGCACCCAGAGGGAGUCAAGGGCUGGGGUGGAUUGUCCACUGUGCCCUCAGAGAGUGAGUGUCGGCCUUACAUAGAGAAGGCUCUCAAGGAACUCACCCCAGAGACCCCACAAGAGGCAGUAGAUGCGACAGGUUCUGAGCAGACGACAUCUACCUCUCAGACAGCCGACCAGGAAGGAUCGAUCGAAGAAAUCGAAGAGGUUACUACGAAAGAAUCCAUAGAGGGUGAGAUUGGCACUGAAGAUGAACAAGCAAAAGAAGCAGAAUCAUCAGAAGCAGAAGGGUCAAUUGAAUCACAAAAUGCUGAAGAAGUCUCAGAAGAGGAAGGCACAACAGAAAGCAAGGAAACACCACAAUCAGAUGAGCUUAUUGAAGAUAUAAAGAGCAUUGGAACACAAGAAAGCGCACCUAAUGAUAGCACAGAGGAUGAACAAAAAACAGAAGAAAGUACAGAAACUGAAGAUGUAAAGGAGGAUGGUGGUGAACAAUCAUCUAUAGAAGAAGGAAAUGAAUCACAAGAAACCAAUGAGAAUGUAGAAACAACAGGAAGCACAGAGGACGCACUGACAGCAGAGAACAAAUCGGCUGAAACACCUGAAGAUAGUACAAAUGAAGAAGAAAAUGUAGAAGAGGACACAAAAAGUGAAGAAGCUACAGAAUCAGCAGAACAAAAAGGUGAACAACAAACUGAAGAAACUUUAGAUGAAUCCAAACCUGAAGAAACUAGCGAGGAAGAUCAUUUGACAAAAGGUGAGUCAGAGGAAGAAAAACCAGAGGAGACUCAAGAUACUACAGAGGAGUCUCCAGAAAAAUCUGAAACAGCUGAAGAACCUUUAGCGUCCACAGAAGAUCAUACUGCUGAAGAAUCCAGUGAAAUCCCAGGGGGUGAAGUGACAGACUCUGUUGAAACAACUGAAUCAUUAGAAAAUACAGAUUCAACAGAAGCUGAAUUGGGAGAAAAAAGUACAGAAACUGAGGGGAAAUCUGUAGAAACAACAGAAGUUUCCAGAGAAGAAACUGUACAAACUUCUGAAGAGGGUGCAACAGAAGCAUCUGCAGAAGAAGAAAAGGAAAUUUCAGUAGAAGAAACAAAGGAAACAUCAGUUGAAGAAACAAAGGAAACUUCAGUUGAAGAAACAAAGGAAACUUCAGUAGAAGAAACAACAGAGAAUUCUGCUGAAGAAACAACUCACACACCAGAACAAGAGAGUGCAGAAGCUUCUGCAAAUGUAGAAGAAACUGUGUCAACUGAAUCUCCUGAUGUUUCAAGUGAAGCAACUACUGAAAGCAAGGAAGGAUCUGAAGAAACUAUAACAGAACCUACAGAUGAAAAUGUAUCAACCACUGACCCACACUUAGUUAUUGAAAAGGAAGCCAUGCCAGCUACCGAGGAAGAUGGAGAAAGUGCAGAAAAGCCCCUAAUAGAACCAACAGAAAAUGUUACAGAACAAGAGCCAUCUGUUGAGGAAGAAAUAAAAGAGCAAGAGCCCACUGAUGAGGACCAACUCACACUUGAGUUUGAAGCUCCAAAAAUUCGCAGGCCACGUGAGCACAUUGGGGAAAUAUUGCACCUCACUCCUGAGUCUGCUGAGACAGAAAUGCUGCUGGCAAAGACAAUUGAGACUACACUCAAGGACUUAAAGAAACUUUAUGAUAAUGCCAUUAAUCCACUUGAGAUUCUCUACAAAUACCGUGACCUCAGCAACCGACAUUUUGGAGAUCCAGAAAUAUUCUCCAAACCACUAAUCUUGUUCAUGGGUCCUUGGAGUGGUGGAAAGUCUACAAUACUCAACUACCUCCUGGACAAUGAAUUUAAGUCUUCAUCACUUCGUACAGGAGCAGAGCCAUCUCCUGCAUACUUCAACAUACUGAUGUGGGGAGACAGAGAGGAGGUGCUUGAUGGCACACAAUUGGCAGCAGACUGGACGUUUUCAGGCCUCCAGAAGUUUGGACAAGGGCUGCUGGACCGGCUCAGGGGCCUCCGACUCAACGCUCCUCUCUUAGAGAAGGUAAACAUUGUUGAAAUACCCGGUAUCCUGGAGAUCCGCAAGCAGGUAGAGAGGCUGUUCCCUUUCAACGAUGCGUGUCAGUGGUUCAUCGACCGAGCAGAUAUUAUCUUCCUAGUCUAUGACCCUAGCAAACUGGAUGUGGGGCCAGAGACUGAGGCCAUCCUAGACCAACUGAAGGGUAGGGAAUACCAGACACGCAUAAUCCUGAACAAGGCAGAUCAGGUGAAGCCCGAGGAGCUAAUGCGUGUUCAGGGUACCCUGAUAUGGAACAUCUCCCCUCUCAUGUCCAGCCAGGAGCCUCCUGUAAUGUACUCUACUAGCUUGUGGUCCAUUCCAUAUGAGCAGGGUGCCCCUAGCCGGCUGCUGCAUGCUCAGGAAAGAGCUUUCCUCCGAGACCUCAGACAAGCUAUUGACAAGAGAGUGGAAAAUAAGAUAGCAAGCGCUCGCCGAUUUGCUGUGCGAGUACGAAACCAUGCGAAAAUGGUUGACUGUUACCUGACUACUUACUACAACCACAAGACUUUCUUUGGCAACCGAAAGAAGGUUGCUGAUGACAUCAUUGAACACCCUCAGAACUACCACAUCUACGAAGGGCUGAGCACACUGACCAACAUCUCUCGCUACGAUCUGCCUGAUCCCGAAGUCUAUCGAGACUUCUUUCGGCUGAAUCCCGUAUACGAUUUCCAACGGUUAUCUGACACCUGUACCUACUUCCGUGGCUGUCCCAUCAACCGGUUGGAUGUGGCCAUCGCGUACGACCUCCCAGAGCUUGUCGGCAAGUACAAGAAACAGGCAGAGAGGGUCCUGGAGGCAGCGGCCAAGAGUUGAGCUGUGGCCGGUGCACAAUCAUGCACCAUCCCGCCACCACAUGCUGGUACAUGAUUGUGGCUGCUUCUCCAUCAAUGGUCCAGCAGAGCUACUUUAAUGAACUCCACUGAAUAAAAGGGGUCAAGUAAACCUGAGAGGAUAUAUUAUUUUGAUUCACAAACACUAAACUAUGUAUCCUACUUUAUAAUUUUUGAAACAAGUACCUGCUGAUCAUUUAUUAUUAAAAUUAUGUACUCUUUUGACUUAAAAAAAAACUGAGAAGAAAAAAUUCUUCAAUGUUGACUGCAAAAUAGAUAGCUUCAAUGAUUUUAAAAUUUACCAAUUCAGAUUUUUCUCUAAUACAAAGAAAUUAGGCUGAAUUAUUUCUUUAACCAAACUGUCUAAAUUCGGUUAGUUGUAUGAAAUUACAAAUAAUAAAUUACACUCAUAAAAUUCCACGACUAAGAAACAAUAUUUACAGGUAAAUAAUUUGAUAGAACUAAUUGCAAACCAAACACGAUUCACUGCCGCCAAAGUAACUCUGCUGGUCUGCGAGAGGGACUGUUCAAGGACAAAAGUGAUAAAGCGGACUGAAGUGAACGACGAUGAACCCAGCCAAGGAGGGUUCAAGACCAGACUUAUUGUAUUUAUUUUGUUUCCUUAUGUGUUCAAACCCUGUUACAUUUUUAUUUUGUAUUUCAAACAUUUUCGGCCAGUGAUGUGAAAAUAACCAGUGAUGAACACUAAUCGUUACGCUUUCUACUGAAAAGUGACUGCGGCAAAUCCCCAUCACUUGUGUGUUUUUGACUACCACUUUGUCGAUCCACUGUUCAAACAGGCAUUUAACAAACCAAAAAUAUACAAGUGAUGACUAGACCACCUUUGUUGAAGAGAUCAACUCAUCCAUGACUCUCCUCGCUCGUUAGAUAGACCUUUGUGUACAUAGUUAUGUUUUGUGUUCUGUACGUAAGUAGUUGGCAAUAUCCUGUGUAUAAAGUGUAUGUACUACAACAAACAAUACAAUGUUACUGUUUAA